AAGGAAUAAUAGCAAUUGCCAGUUUGAGUUGAGAUGAGGUAAAAUUGAAAGCUUUGAAAAGGUAAGGCUCCAACUAAUUCAACUUCAUUGCCUCUCUCUCUCCCUCUUCCUGCAAAUCAAAUCUCUCUUUUUCACUCAAACUCAAAUGUAUAGAUCGCCAUCUUGAUCCUUUCCAUUCUCAUAGUAGAUAUUACUUCUACUUACUUAAAAUAGAUUAGAGUACAAGAAUCUGAUAAACACAAACAACAUAAAAUGGGAGCUUACAGAGCUGAUGAUGACUACGAUUACUUGUUCAAGGUGGUCUUAAUUGGCGACUCUGGAGUUGGUAAAUCCAAUCUCUUGUCACGAUUCACUAAAAACGAAUUCAGUCUCGAAUCUAAAUCCACCAUCGGCGUCGAAUUCGCUACUCGCAGCAUUCGCGUCGAUGACAAGGUCGUCAAGGCCCAGAUUUGGGAUACUGCCGGCCAAGAACGGUACCGUGCAAUCACAAGUGCAUACUACAGAGGAGCGGUAGGUGCAUUGCUUGUUUAUGAUGUUACACGACAUGUCACGUUUGAGAAUGUGGAGAGAUGGUUAAAGGAGCUUAGGGAUCACACUGAUUCCAACAUUGUGAUCAUGCUUGUUGGAAACAAGGCAGAUUUACGUCAUUUGCGUGCAGUUUCCACCGAGGAUGCUCAGUCAUUUGCUGAGAGAGAGACUACCUUUUUCAUGGAAACCUCUGCGCUAGAAUCACUAAACGUGGAAAAUGCCUUCACAGAAGUACUCACUCAGAUAUAUCGUGUUGUCAGCAGGAAAGCUCUUGAUGUUGGCGAAGAUCCAGCAGCCUUGCCCAAGGGGCAAACUAUUAAUGUUGGCACUAAAGAUGAUGUAUCAGCGGUGAAAAAGGCUGGAUGCUGCAGUGCAUAAUCUGCAGCAAUGAAAGAAGUUAUCGUGGUAAAAACUAGUUUCUCCUCUUUCUCAAAUUUACAUUUCCAUGGUUUGGAGACAUCUUCGUUUUUGUAUGUGUCAGGAUGAGAUCACAUGGAGUGGUGCAGGAACAAAUUGUAGUUUUGUGGUACAUCAUGGAUUGAGAGAGUCAAAAUCUUGUCGGAGUUUAAUUGAAAUCAUAAGCCCUCAGAUCUAAGAGCUCACAUUUGGUGCAAGCUCCUUGUGUUUUUUCUUAAUGUAUUGUUUGUUUUGUCUCCGAGUAUUAUUAUAGUAUGUAUUCAGUAUCCAGUCUCUAGAUUAGUUUAAAUUUUAUUGCAAAGGAUUGAAAUUUGGAAAGUAUGUUAAGAUAAUUCUGUUCUCCAAGUGAUUGAUUGAUUAUUUGGUACUGAAAUUUAAGUUUUUACUUAA